AUCGAAAUUGAAUGUCUGGCACGGAAGGUGCAGUGCCACAGAGAUAUCUGACAAUAAGAUAUCUAUGAUGACCCUCAAAAGGGUCUUUGAGGCGACACAUCGAGUGAGAAAGACUUGAUAGACGUGUCCAAACUGCUCUCGACGUGUACGUUCAACAAAGCGCGGCAUCGGACAGUAGGUAAACACCGUUUCAUUGUCCAUGACCAGAGAGAGUCGCCUGGACUGUGGGGCCUAGACUCUUCCGUUGACCGAAGUGAUGGGACCCAAUCACAUUAGUUGACGCGCUUCAACCAAAGAAUCCGCCCGAUCACAUCAGUCGACUCGCUUCAACUACAGGAUCCGCCCCCUCGUAGGGCGCCAAUCGUUCCUCGACACGCAGGCCACAUAAGAAACAGUAGGCCCUUGUAUUCGCAAAGAGAUGAUACCAUCCGCGCAACGUGGCGCAAGAGAGUGUGUAAAACCGCGUUCCCCGCCUCGGCCUAGACAAGGGAUGAGGACGCACGAGCCUCCGACGAAGAAACUGGCGUGAAAAAGAAGAGAAGAUUCGGUAUUUUUAGGGCCAACCUAACCCCUUCGGGCCCAUCGCCUGCUAAUGCACCGUCCCGUUCCCACCCGUGGUGGCCCCACCACCAACCGAUGCCUCGAAAGCGUUGGACCCUUCUUCGCAUCGGACGGCCCACCACACGAGCAGUGAAGUGGGCGGUCGGUGUACCGCCUUCAACAGCCGUCCGAUCCACCCACACUGGGCUCACACGAGACCAGCGAAUAAAAGGAUGGGUGGGCUCACCGUGGAGGGCUUUGUUCUCUCUCCUCCCAGUCCCACAUCGCCGCCCACACUGAGACUUGCGUUUUCGCCAUGGAUUCGUCGCCGAAGGGAGAGGACGACGACGGUGGCGUCCACGGAGCGAGCAGUGGAGGAAGAGGAGUCGACGGCUCCGCUGUUGGAAGCGUGGCCGUGACGUUACACCGGCGGAUCGCCCCGAAGCCGGAGCCCAUGGAGUUGCUGGGGAUAGGCGCGAUGCCGAUCCUGCGGCGACCCUCAGGGAGGACGAAGGACAGGCACACCAAAGUGGAGGGACGAGGGCGGCGCAUCCGAAUGCCGGCGGCGUGCGCCGCACGGAUCUUCCAGCUCACCCGCGAGCUUGGUCACAAGUCGGACGGGGAGACCAUCCGCUGGCUCCUGCAGCAUGCGGAGCCAGCGAUCAUCGCAGCUACGGGAACCGGCACCGUUCCGGCCAUCGCCACCGUGGUCGACGGCGCAAUCAAGAUCCCUACCGAAGCAGCCUCCUCCGCACCGCUGACCUCCACCUCCGGGGAGGAGUCCGCCGCAAAGAGGCGGAAGAAGCUCUCGCCAAUGCGAGCGACGGCGGGGGUCGCUGGCGGCAACACGGUCACGGCGUUCUACCCGGUUCAAGAUCCCAUGUCCAUGUCGACGGGACUGGCGCCGAUCGCUCCGACGGGAAUUGUGCCGAUGUGGGCGGUGAGAGGCGGCACCGCCGCUUCCAGCGUCGCGAGAGUGUUGCCACCGGGGGCGCUGUGGAUGCUGCCGCAGCCAACCGCAGCGGCUGAGCCGUCGGGUCAGGCGCAGAUAUGGGCGUUCCCGGCCGGAUCGCAGAUCAUCAAUCUCGCUGGACCGGACCCCGUGACGGCGGCGGCAGCCAUGUAUCCGAGCGCCAUGCCGGGCCUCGGCGUCGCCGUUGCUGCAGGCGGUAGCGUGCCGAGGAAGGGAGAACAAGCGGUUACUUUUACAGAGGGAAAGAAGCAGGAGCUACAACUGAUGGGAGGCGCCGGGGACGACGACGAUGACGAAGAGGAGGAGCCGCUGACGGAGUCGGAAGACGAAGAUUAGGCUUCUUCCUCUUCCUUUUUCCUAACUCUAUUUUCUUUUGUUAUUAUUAGGAGAGGGAGGGAACAAAAGAAGGUAGAAUUUGACAUAAAAUGCUUUUCUCUCUUUUUCUCUGCCUAACUUUCUGGGUAACAGGGAGGCGUGCACGUGCGCACGUUAGGGAUACUAUCUUUGAACUCUAAGCUAUUUUAGUCCCCCUUUUC